AUGCGAGACCUCGUGGCUCAGGUAACGAGCAGCCUGCUGCAGUUUCCCGAGGUGACUGUUCAGGCUCUUGGGGAAGAUGAGACCACCCGAGGGUCUGUGCUGCGCGGGCAGUUCUGCAGAGGGAGAGAUGGGCUGGCCUGGCUGGCUUGUGUCCUCAGCUGGAGGUCAUGGACGCUGUGACGGGAGAGGGGCUCUCUGCACACCGUGUCAGCGGAGCCCAUGAGCAGCCUCCCACCAUCCGCGUGGUGAAGGAGGUUUCCUGGCAGACGGGAACGGGGCUGCUGGUUGCCUUGAGAGAAGCAGAGGGAAGUGUUCUCUGCCUGUACGACCCCGGAACAUCGAGAGUGGUUAAAGCAGUUGUUCUGCCAGGAAGGGUAACUGGUAUAGAGCCCAUAACUAGUCCCGGAGGAGCCAGCGUGAGCCCUCAGCACCUACACCGGGCUCUGCAAGGGCUCUUUGGAGUGGCAGCGGUGGCAACAGAUGGUGGUCAUCUCCUUCUGGUGGACCUGUGUUUGGAUGAUCUCUCUUGCAGCCAGAGCGAAUAUGAACCGUCGGGACUAACAGUUGCCACCAGAAUUGCUGCUGGAGUUCCACAAGGAAGAGAAACUGUGGCCAGAGAAGGGAGACAUCUCUGCUUUCAACUGCAAAGCCCUUCAGGAACAGCAAUAUCGACCCCGUGCUACAUCAGCAGAAGCAACCAGCUCGCUGUGGGUUCUUCCGAUGGCUGCCUGUCACUGUGGGAUGUGAAAACUCUGAAGCAGGAGCACUGCUCUCAGCUUGAAGGAGGAAGGAUGCCUGUCUACGCUGUUACUUUUCAAGAGCCUGAGAAGGAUCCUCACAACUAUUGCUACUUGUGGGCUGUUCAGUCUACACAAGAAAGUGAAGGCGAUGCUGUGAGUUUACACCUGUUGCGGUUAGAAUUCGGUGACAGGAGACGCUUGCCAUCAGGACAAGUCAUGUAUGAGCGUUUGGCAUCCUGUGUUGAAAAGUACAGUUUAGACCUCACGGGCAGAGCCUUUCCCUUGAGAGGGCAGAGCAGCAAGACCAAACUACUCAGCUGCCAGGCUGUAGAAAUCUUUCCCAACCACGUUGGCAGAGAAGAUAGUGUUGAUGAAGUCAUAUCUCCUGACACCAGUGUAUCAGUCUUCAGCUGGCAAGUGAAUACACGCGGUCAGGGAAAGCCAUCUACUUAUGUGGGUGUAUUUGACUUUGACUGCUGGUAUCAUGCUCAAAUGCCAGGCUCACUAAGGCCAGAAGAAUCCCUUCAGGACUGCCCCUAUUUUGCACGGUGGUCACUGGACACCGUCACAAGCAUGACUUCUCCCAACCACAUUUUGGAUAUUGUGGUGCAGGAGCGCAGCCUAAAUUGGACAGUUCCUCCUUCUUAUCCACUACCUGAGCAGUGUUUUCAUCCAAGCACCUAUAAAUUUGUGCGAUGA